AUGAUUUAUAGCGGAGUUGUGAGACCAAUCGAAAAAAGACUACAAAAUAUGUGGAUCAACUUUGGUCCGCAACACCCGGCUGCUCACGGUGUCCUUAGGCUUAUAUUAGAGCUUGACGGAGAAACUGUUGUUCGAGUUGACCCUCAUGUUGGUUUCUUACACAGGGCUACCGAGAAACUUAUGGAAAACAAACAUUAUAAUCAAAGCUUACCCUUCAUGGAUCGAUUAGACUAUGUAUCCACAAUGGCCAACGAACAGGGAUUUGUGCUAGCUGUUGAAAAAUUACUUAAUAUUGAAGUUCCACCUAGGGCUAAGGCUAUUCGUGUCUUGUGUGCUGAACUGUCUCGGAUAGCAAAUCAUUUCUUAAACAUCUCCGGCACAGUACUUGAUGCUGGUGGUAUAACACCAUUUUUCUGGAUGUGCGAGGAACGGGAAAAGAUUUAUGAGUUAUUUGAACGACUAUGUGGUGCCCGCGUCCAUAAUGCUUAUAUGAAACCGGGCGGAGUCACUCAGGACUUGCCAAUAGGUUUUCUAGACGAUGUUUAUGAGUUUUGCUGUAAGGUCGGGGAGAGAUGCGAUGAAACUGAGGACGUUGUUACUGGAAAUAGAUUAUAUUAUGCUAGAACUGCUGGUAUUGGAGCCGUAAGUGCUCAUGAAGCAAUUAAUUUAGGGUUUAGCGGACCGAUGUUGCGUUCCACGGGAGUGAAAUGGGAUUUACGAAUAGCUCAUCCAUACGACGGUUACGAUUUAUAUGAUUUUGACGUGCCUGUUGGUACUUUUGGAGAUAGUUAUGAUAGACACCUACUUCGAUUAUUUGAGUUGCGCCAGUCUUUACGAAUUAUUAAUCAAGUAAUUGAUACAAUACCUGAAGGCGAAGUUCGAACCGAUGAUUCAAAAAUAUCUCUUCCUUCGAGACAAGAGAUGAAAACAUCAAUGGAAGCGCUAAUCCAUCAUUUUAAAUUAUGUACUGAAGGUUAUGUUGUGCCUCCCGGAGCGACUUACACGGCUGUUGAAUGUCCUAAAGGAGAAUUAGGAUUAUAUAUGGUUGCAGAUGGUACAUCUAAACCAUAUCGUGUUCACUUACGUCCAUGUUCUUAUAACCACUUGGCAGGGUUGGCUAUAAUGGGCAAAAGAAUGAUGCUUGCUGACAUAUCUAUACUUGUAGCGACUAUUGACGUUGUGUUUGGUGAUGUAGAUCGUUAA